GCCUCCAUCAUUCCAAUGCUUGAGUUUGAAGAUCAACCUUGCCCUCCUGCCAGCAGAGAUUGGGCCAACAACCCAUCAGGAGAAGCCAUUGGUAACCAGGAAGCUCCUGAAAAUAAAAGGAAAUGUGAAGACCUUGACAGUCCUGUAACCAAAAAGAUGACGCUUGAGCCUGGAACUGCUGCAAGGGAGGUCGCCAACGGUGCAGCUCACUAUCAGAGUUUUGACAAGUGGGGAGGUGGCCCAGUCCCACCAGGUGUCAGCAGCUCUAAUCUCGCUGUAGAAGGACUGGCCACUGUCACCAGAAUGGCCUCCAAUGGUGCCAAAGUGGUGGACAUUUAUAGAACUGGAGCCAAGUGUGUGCCUGGAGAAACUGGAGACUUGAGGAAGCCUGGUGCUGCAUAUCACCAGGUAGGGCUGCUCCGAGUAAAGCCAGGCCGGGGAGACAAGACUUGCUCCAUGUCCUGCAGUGACAAGGUGGCCCGAUGGAACGUCCUCGGAUGCCAAGGAGCACUGUUGAUGCACUUCCUGGAAGAGCCCAUCUACCUGUCAGCUGUGGUCAUUGGGAAGUGCCCAUACAACCAAGAAGCCAUGCACAGAGCACUGAUGGGGAGGUGUCAGAAUGUCUCAGCUUUACCCAAAGGCUUUGGAGUUCAAGAACUGAAAAUCCAGCAGUCAGAUUUGCUAUUUGAACAGAGCCGCUGUGCAGUGCAGGCAAAAAGGGCCAACAGCCCAGACCGACUUGUUCCUUGUGGGGCAGCCAUCAGCUGGAGUGCAGUUCCUGAGCAGCCACUGGAUGUUACUGCUAAUGGCUUUCCACAAGGAACAACAAAGAAAGGAAUCAGAAGACUUCAGGCCAGGUACAGCAUAUUGGGGCAGGAGGAGAUGGUGGCCGUGAACUCACAUCUUAUCACUAUCUAA